UCGAGCUUGAACUCAUGAUCGCCAAGGAGACUGCUGAUGUCAAGAUUUAUAGUGAAAAAUGUUUUAUAUUUUGGUCUGUUCUCACCCAAAAUCGACUGGAUUGCUUCAUAAAAUAUGGAUGAAACUUCUGGAGUUUUAUGGAUUCGUUUUAUGUUGCCUUUAUGUGUUCCGCUGAAGAAAUAAAGUCAUGUGAGUUUGGGACGAUAUGAGGGUCACAUGCGUGUCCGUUGAAGAUGUUUGGUGUGGAUUAAACGCUCGUCUCAGUCUGAUCCGGUCAUGGAGUUCCGCUUUGGGAACGUGGUGUUCAGCUCGCGCUUUGAUUCUGGGAAUCUGGCCCGCGUGGAAAGAGUGGAGCAAGCAGAUCCCGACGGUGACACCGGCAGACCGGCCAACAGUGCGGUGCACGCACAACCAGACUAUGAGUUUAAUGUGUGGACCAAACCGGACUGCGCCAGCACAGAGUUUGAGAAUAGCAACCGGUCGUGGUUUUACUUCAGCGUUCGAGGGAUGUUACCGGGGAAACUGCUGAAGAUUAAUGUGAUGAAUAUGAAUAAACAGAGUAAACUUUACUCACAGGGCAUGGCUCCGUUCGUCCUCACACUCCCUAAAACACGCUGGGAGAGGGUUCGAGAGAGACCCACGUUUGAGAUCUCAGAUAAUCAGUUCAUCCUGUCAUUUGUUCAUCGUCUGCUGGAUGUUCGGGGGGUCAUCACACAUUUCUCCUUCUGUUAUCCGUUCUCAUACACCGAGUGUCAGGACAUGAUGGUGCAGCUCGAUCAGAAGUUCCUCAGCAGCACACACACACGGGGAUCCUGCAGUCCUGUCGAGAGUAUUUACUAUCACCGUGAGCUGUUGUGUUACUCUCUGGACGGACACAGAGUGGAUCUGGUCACGGUUUCGUCCUGUCACGGUCUGUUGGAGGAGCGAGAGCCGCGGUUAGACAGACUCUUCCCCGACCUCAGCACGCCACGACCUUACCGCUUUACUGGAAAACGGGUGUUUUUCCUGAGCAGUAGAGUUCACCCCGGCGAGACGCCGUCCAGUUUUGUUUUUAACGGUUUCCUGAACUUCAUCUUGAGUCGAGACGACCCGCGCGCUCAGGCGCUCCGCCGGCUGUUUGUUUUUAAACUCAUUCCCAUGCUCAAUCCCGACGGGGUCGUCAGGGGUCACUACAGGACAGACUCGCGCGGCGUUAAUCUAAACAGACAGUAUGUCAACCCCAGUCCAGACCUGCAUCCCUCUAUAUACGGUGCCAAAGCUCUGCUGCUCUACCACCACAUACACAAUCAACUUGGCAACAACGCUUCCUCUGCCCUUAAAACCUCCAACCAAUCUAACGCCACCACUCCUCUGACCACACCCACUGAGCUGGAGCGCUGCCUCAACCUGCGUAAUGAGGCAGAGCGAGGGGAGGGGCUGAGACUCGACCUAUCAGAGAUCCCCAUGCAGCUGGAGGAGGGCUGGGGGAAGGGCGAAGUCGAGAGGGAGACGGGUCCCUGUGAUGAGAACGAAUCAACGGCGAGCAGAGGGGAAGCAUCACCUGUGCUAAACCCUGCCUCAUCUUUGUUGAUCCCACCACAGGAGAGCGGAGUGGCCUAUUACAUAGACCUGCAUGGCCACGCCUCCAAGAGAGGAUGCUUCAUGUACGGCAACAAACUGACGGACGAGAGUCAACAGGUGGAGAACAUGUUGUAUCCAAAGCUAAUUUCGCUAAACAGUGCUCAUUUUGACUUCCUGGGCUGUAAUUUCUCCGAGAAGAACAUGUAUGCUCGGGACAAACGUGACGGUCAGUCGAAAGAGGGCAGCGGACGUGUGGCCAUUCACAAAAGCAUCGGCGUCCUACACAGUUACACACUAGAGUGCAAUUAUAACACAGGCCGCUCGGUGAACACCAUCCCACCCGCCUGUCAUGACAACGGGCGAGCCACACCCCCUCCACUGCCCGCCUUCCCACCCAAAUACACACCUGAGGUGUUUGAACAGGUGGGGCGUGCUGUUGCCAUAGCAGCGCUGGAUAUGGCGCAGUGUAACCCGUGGCCGCGGCUGGUUUUGUCCGAACACAGCAGUCUGGUGAAUCUGCGCGCGUCCAUCCUCAAACACGUGCGCAACAGCAAGAGCCUGACGGUCAACAACCAGCGAAACGGCAACGGGAAGACCACCAGCCCCGCCAAACCGCCAAGUCUGAGCAGCUCGGCUUCAGAGAACUCGCUCAACCGUGCGCGGAUUAACGCUAAUGCUAACGUUAAUGGAAACCGGCAGACGUCUCCUCAGCUCAAGAACUCGCCGAGCUUCACCUUCGGUAGUGCUGCGUCCGGCCCCGCCAGCGCUCACGGCACCAGCACACACCGGCCCUCUCACAGGACCCCGGGGCCCGUCAGAGAGUGUAAAGCUCAGGAGAAGAGACGACCGCAUCACCAGCAUCAGCGGCACGCCCUCCGCCAGCAGGGGUCCGCACGCCCCCCUCUCUCGCCAUCUUCCUCCUCAUCUUCAGGUGGUGUGGGCGGGUCCCCGGGCCCCUGCUCCAUCAGUAUGGCAGGCAACAGCAACCCUGAGUGCCUCAGUAAAGACUUCCCUGUGCGUGGUGGGUGGGGCAUCAAGACUGGCAGAUCAGGUCCCGCCCACUCUCCUACAUCACAGCAGAAGAAGGCGUUUCCAGCACAGGCACCUCUGCAGGAGUCUGUGGACGUCUUGACAUCUGUUGAAUACAGCAGGUGCGCUCUGCAGCCGCGGGCCAGUCGCAUCCCGGUGUGGAAGGACAAUCAGUCGGCUGUCCCGCCUCUGUCAGGCUGCUCCGACACCCUGAGAGUGUGGAAACUGAUCAAGCCUGGCAUCAAAAAACACCUGGCAGGUGUGACUGGGAACGAUGGUUCUUCUCUGCGUCUGGCCACUAAAGCUCUUCUGAGGAACCAGAGUUCAGGAGGCACCACCAAUAACACACCCGCCACAGAUACACACGCAAACAGAUCACUGCAGACGUGAGACGUUCAGUGUGUGGGUGACUUUCAAUCUACUCGCAUCGGCCUGAGCAUCUCCACACACACACACACACACACACACACAGAUAUGGUCUUCAUGUUAAACUGUACUUGAAGAGUCAUCCCAUUAGUGAGGCAAAUUGGGCCGGUUGCUAGGGAGGGUAGAGUCACAUGGGGUAACCAAAUUGGCCCGGUUGCUAGGGAGGGUAGAGUCACAUGGGGUAACCAAAUUGGCCCGGUUGCUAGGGAGGGUAGAGUCACAUGGGGUAACCAAAUUGGCCCGGUUGCUAGGGAGGGUAGAGUCACAUGUGGUAACCAAAUUGGCCCGGUUGCUAGGGAGGGUGGAGUCACAUGGGGUAACCAAAUUGGCCCGGUUGCUAGGGAGGGUAGAGUCACAUGGGGUAACCAAAUUGGCCCGGUUGCUAGGGAGGGUAGAGUCACCAAAUUGGCCCGGUUGCUAGGGAGGGUGGAGUCACAUGGGGUAACCAAAUUGGCCUGGUUGCUAGGGAGGUUAGAGUCACAUGGGGUAACCAAAUUGGCCCGGUUGCUAGGGAGGGUAGAGUCACAUGGGGUAACCAAAUUGGCCGGUUGCUAGGGAGGGUAGAGUCACAUGGGGUAACCAAAUUGGCCGGUUGCUAGGGAGGGUAGAGUCACAUGGGGUAACCAAAUUGGCCGGUUGCUAGGGAGGGUAGAGUCACAUGGGGUAACCAAAUUGGCCCGGUUGCUAGGGAGGGUAGAGUCACAUGGGGUAACCAAAUUGGCUGGUUGCUAGGGAGGGUAGAGUCACAUGGGAUAACCAAAUUGGGCGGUUGCUAGGGAGGGUGGAGUCACAUGGGGUAACCAAAUUGGCCCGGUUGCUAGGGAGGGUAGAGUCACAUGGGGUAACCAAAUUGGCCCGGUUGCUAGGGAGGGUAGAGUCACAUGGGGUAACCAAAUUGGCCGGUUGCUAGGGAGGGUAGAGUCACAUGGGGUAACCAAAUUGGCCGGUUGCUAGGGAGGGUAGAGUCACAUGGGCUAACCAAAUUGGCCCGGUUGCUAGGGAGGGUAGAGUCACAUGGGGUAACCUCCUCGUGGUCGCUAUAAUGUGGUUCUCGCUCU